AUGGCGCGAACUCGAAAACUUCUGUCUACGCUGAAAGCUACCCGUUCUAUGUGCUUUGACGUGAAGCCUCAGUAUCCGGUAGCUCACGUUGUUUCCAACUGUACCUGCGCCCAGUAUGACUUUGAAGAGACGAAAAGCCCUUCUAUCUCGGAAUUGGUGGCCAGGAGCCGUAUCCCACUGAUCGAGAUAUCGAAUGGUUCGGUAAAGACUUCCAGCUUCGCCGACGAAGCCGACUGGAUCCCACCCUUCGUGGCUAUCAGUCACAUCCGUUCGCAGGGCCUAGGCAGCACCCCGUUCAACAGUCUAUACAUGUGCCAGCUCCAGCGCCUCCAGGAAUCCGUCAACAAUCUCUUUACCCCAGGUCAUCAUCUGAUACCUUUCUGGAUCGACACGGCGUGCAUCCCUCGCGCCCAUCCGGGCAAAGCCUACGCCCUGGAACUGCUGAGCACCGUAUACCGGCAGGCUAGCAUCGUGUUGGCGCUGGACCGAUCGAUCGAGCAGACCCCGACGACCACAGCAGCGAAGGCACUCGACGCGAUCAAGACCUCCGCAUGGGUGCGUCGUCUAUGGACCAUCCGCGAAGGCGCCCUGGGACGAUGCGUCAAGUUCCAAUUCCUGGACGCCGCACUUAGCUUCGACGACAUCCUCCACGGGUACGCCACCGCGCCGCACAGCCCCGUCCCUCGCUGGACCGCGACAGUGCAGGAGCCGCGGCGCCCGUUCGUGGAUGAGCGCCGCUCCCGCACGGAAACCGACCUGCUCGACGCCCUUUGCCUGUUUGAGCGCGAUCAGCGCGUCUACUUGGGCCGGGCGCCCGCGACGAGCCGCGACCCGGCAAGGGAACGGCAUAAGUGGCGACUGCGCACGCUGCUCAGAGAGGCGUAUCUCUCGACCGCCCGCUACGGCUUUCUCGCGACCCCAGAGGAGGCUACAGAGCGCGCCGAGUUAGGCCGCGCCAUUGAGACUGUCUACGCCGGGCACACGUACCAGGAUCUCGUCGCCGAGCAGGCUACCACGUUGGACGGCACGAUCGGUCGAAUCGACACGAUUAUGCGGCUAUGGGCAAUUGCUACUCUCCCGAACGGAGUCGGGCGCUCGGAUUGCCACAUUGAAUAG